AUGCUGGUGACUUUUGUACUCAACGAUGAUGUCAUUGAACAUGAAGUUCUUCCCGGAGAUGAAGAAAGCUUGCUGAGUUAUAUCCGCCGAUAUGGGAAUACAGAAACGAAGCAAAUGUGCGAAGAAGGCGGCUGUGGAGCUUGCUCAAUCAUUGAAAUCAUCGACGAUGGUGCUCAAAAAACAAGACGCGCUCUCUCAGCUUGUUUGAUCACCCUUCCAAAGGCGGAUGGAAGAAAGUUCGUCACGUCAAGCCAGAUUUCUAAAUCUGCUACAGGAAAGGCGAUUCAAAAAAGCUUCGCGGAAAAUUUUGCCUCGCAAUGUGGCUACUGUACUCCUGGAUUUGUCGUAGGAGCAACUUCCUGCACUUCACAUGAAGAGCGAGAAGUUGAAAUGAACGGUCAUAUCUGCCGAUGUACCGGCUAUUUUCCGAUCAAAAACGCGAAUAAGGAUGCUCCUUUCAUGGAUAUAGAAGACUUGGCAGAGCUGUGCGCAAGUUGCCCAAGCAGAAAAGUCGUUCAGAAUCAAUCGCAGCACUACUUCACCCCAACUUCUCUUGCUGAUCUUCAAGUUUUGAUGGAAAUGCAUUCAUCUCACGAACUUAUUGCAGGCCAUACAUCAAAACACGUUUCGAAAUACUACAGAAACACAAGCAACGAAAAAGCACCAGUAACAAUUGACAUCACGAAGGUUGCUGAAAUGACUGCAGUUUCUAUUGUUGGAUCAAAAAUCACGAUUGGUGCAGUAGCUACACUUGAAGAUUUGCGAAGCCUUUUCAACAAAUCAUCUCUGAAGGUUCUCAACCAAGCAGGUCAAUUCUUGACCAAGGUUGGUUCAAUUUCCAUGCGUCACCAAGCCACUUGGGCUGGAUCUCUUGCUCUUCAGCGAUCUGUUCCAGAGUUCGCCUCUGACAUUUCAGUUAUGCUCGCAGCUCUUGGUUUGAGGCUUGAAGUCCUCGACGAAACGAAUACAAGAAAGUCCAUCUCAGUCAGUGAAUUCGUCAAUGACUCGGCAAGCAAUUUGGUCAUCAAUGGAACAAUCGAUACAACGGGCUUUGAGAGCGUAGUCGAUUCUGUCACGUUCGGUAAAGUUAUGGAUCGGCCCACAAUGGCAGCUGGUAAACUCACAUUUGGCUUCUUCUCGACUGCAAGACUUUUCUGUUCUUCUACCGCUGGAUUCAGACAGAUCGAGUCUCCAUCGACUUCUUCCACCGAUGAUUUGAACAAAUCACUCGCUGGAGAAUCUGACUUGCUUACCCGAGCUGAGUUGCUCAGACAUUAUUCAAAGCUAAGCGGAACCACUAUCGCACCAGUCUCCCACGCUCAAGAAUCUUACUCUAUUGACGAUUCUGCACAGCCAGACAUCGCUAAAGGAGUCCCACAAAAACAUGCUGAGCAACUUGCUGCUGGAACAGCCGAAUUCCCCUCAGACUUUGAGCCAGCUGUGAAUCAGCUCUAUGCAAAAUUUGUCAGUGCUGGUAAAAUUGGAAAUGUUGGAAGCAUUAGUUUCGAGAAAUGCCGAGAUGUCAAGGGAUUUGUUCGAGGAAUUACUGCUGAAGACAUUGUCAACGCCGGUUUCAAUAAUACCUUUUGCUAUCCAGCUGGGCUUGAACCAGAUGAAAUCAACGAAGAGAGAGUUCUUGCCUAUCCAAAUAUCGAGUACCACGCUCAACCCGUGGCCAUCGUUGUUGCGAAGAGUCAGCAAGCUGCUGAUAAAGUAGCUAAGCUAGUGGAAAUUGAAGUGACUGGGUGGGCCCAUGAAACACUUCAAUCACCGGUUCAACUGUCGGAAGCCAUCGAAAAGAAAGAUUUCUUCCCUUCAGGAUUCAUGUCUUCUCGUGACCGUGGGGACGUUGAAGAAGAAUUGGCGAAUCCAACGAAUCAUCGAAUCGAAGGGAAACUUCGUCUGCCAGGCCAGUAUCACAUGUUCAUGGAAACCCACUUUGCGCGCGCAAAUUUGCGAGACGAACAAGUCUUCAUUGAUCUGGGUUCGCAAGCUGUUGAUAAGGUGCAGCGUAAUGUUGGACAUUGUCUUAACAUGAACCACUCGGCAAUCACUGUUACUUGUCGAAGAAUGGGUGGCGGAUUCGGCGGAAAAGCUACUCGAAGUCAAUGGACUGCUUGUGCAGUCGCUAUUGCAGCGAAAUUGACGAAAAAGCCAGUCGCUCUCCAUUUAUCCCUUGAAGACUGUAUCACCAUCAUGGGUGGUCGAUCAAUUUACGAAGUCGAGUAUCGAGCGUCGUUUGAGAAGAAGACAGGAAAAUGCACCGCCGUUGACUGCAAACUCUACUGCGAAGCUGGAGCAAACUACAACGACUCCGCUUUCAAUGGAAUGCUGACUGCGAUGCACAUGGAAUCGAACUUGGGAAUUCCAAACCUGCGUUUCGAAUGUUUCGCUGUUCGAACAGCUUCGCCAGCUGUCACUUGGCUUAGAGCGCCUGGAAUGCUUCAAGCGUCUUCUGUUCUCGCUCUCAUUGUUGAUGAAGGUGUUUCUGGUGUUCUUCCGGAUUAUCUUGAAUCUUACAAAUCUUGUUUGAUGCCCAAAGGUUUUAUGAACCUCAUGGGUUCUGUUGAAUCGACCGAUCGAAACGUUACCAUUAUCGAUGACAUUUGCAACAAGGUCAACGUCGAGGCUUUAGAGAAAGAAGUCGAUGCAUUCAACUCUGCUAACAAGUGGAAGAAGAAAGCCUUGGCUGUCACAGGAAUGAAAUAUCCAAUGGAUCCUGCCUUCCAUGUCAACUCUUGCUUGGUCAAUAUUUGUAGACAAGAUGCAACCGUGCAAAUUCAUGUCGGAGCCAGCGAUAUGGGUCAGGCAACUGCAACUAGAUCAGCUCAAACGGCGGCGAGAACUCUCGGCAUCCCUCUAGAAAUGGUGAAUGUUCAGCCGACAAGUUCUGCAGUAACUGCCAACGGAGCACCUACUGGAGGAACUGUUUCUACUCAAGUCGCUUGCUACCUUAUUUCUGAAGCUUGCAAGAUUCUGAAUGCUUCUUUGGAUCCUUACCGACCAGUGGCUCCUCAUCGCGAUUCUCUAGACAUUUGGCGCGAGACUGUCAAAGAUGCCGCCGCAAAAGGAGUUGAUCUUCAAGCUCGUUUCCGAGGAUCAAUCCCUAACGGAGCCUACGCCUGUUACGGAUCAGCAGUUGCUGUCGUUGAAGUUGACUGUCUCAACGGAGAGCAUACCAUUGAAAAGUUUGACUGCAUCUAUGACGCAGGAGAAAUGCUCAACGUCGGCACAGAAUUGGGUCAAGUCGAAGGAGGGUUGAUGAUGGGACUUGGCUGGCUCAAGAUGGAGGAUCUCAAAUGGGAUCAAGUUUCUGGCGCAAAGCAACGGGGAACAUGGGAAUACAAAGUCCCGAUGCAUCUCGACAUUCCAAAAAAAUUCUCUUGCGAGCUGACAAACAAGUUCUUGGAAGCUGAAGAAAAACGACCCUUCCCAAUCGGAUCCAAACAAGCUGGAGAAGCUGCGAUGCUUCUCAGCUUCGCCUAUCGAAACGCCCUUCAACGAGCCGUCCGCAAGUUCAACCCUCAUGCAAAGAUGAUCGAGCUUCCAGCAAAAACUGAUCAUGUCCGAGAAGCAAUUAAUGUACAAGCUGAUGCUCUUGUUCUCUGA